ACAGUACCACAGCAGAAGAAAAUUUAAGUGGCGGUGUUUGGAAUGGACAACAACAAAAGCUCUGAUGUAGUUGCCGAUUUAUUUUAUAAAUAGCUUAGAUUUUAUUCCAUUGCUGCAAUUUGGAGGUCGCAGCAAGACAUCGACAGUUUCCAGGAAUAUGAAGAGGAGAAAUGUCGAAUGUGGCAAGCUGCGGAGGCCCUUGAAACGAAACAAAAUCACCGAAGGAAUUUACGGAAGCACUUUACUCUACUUAAAAUUUGUAAUCCUAUGGGCUCUAGUGCUUCUCGCCGACUUUAUUCUGGAGUUCCGAUUUGAGUUCUUGUGGCCAUUCUGGCUGCUUCUACGAAGUGUUUACGACUCUUUCAAAUAUCAAGGCUUAGCCUUCUCCGUGUUUUUUAUUUGUAUUGCCCUCACGUCAGAUAUGAUAUGUUUUUUCUUCAUCCCAGUCCACUGGCUCUUCUUUGCUGCCAGCACAUAUGUGUGGGUGCAGUAUGUGUGGCACACAGAAAAAGGCAUUUGCCUACCCACAAUUUUUUUGUGGCUGCUCUUCGUGUACAUAGAAGCAGCUGUACGCUUGCGAGACUUCAGGCAUUUGCCGUACCGCCUGGAUCUGUGCCGGCCGUUCGCUGCGCAUUGCAUCGGCUACCCAGUGGUUACGCUGGGAUUUGGAUUCAAAAGUUACGUAGGGUAUAGAAUGCGACAGCGAAAACAAAAAGAGGUUGCAAAAGAAAACGAAUUCUUCAUGCAGCUGUUGCGGCAAGCGCUGCCACCGGAGCAACAGCCGCAACCUCAGCAGUCUCAGCAGUCUCAGCCCUGCCACAACACUAGUCCAGAGAAGAGCAGAGGGGACGCGGGGCUCUCCAACGGAGUGGUGCACAGCAUAGUGGCGCCUCCGCACUCGACCACGAUAACGAAAAACAACCACAGAAAGUCGCUGGACAAAGGGGACCGCGACAAGUGUGCGGAGCCCGAUCCCAAGACUUCGACAGAGAAAGCUGCCAAGUAUCUGCACACGAACGGCAGCAUCCACACAGAGCUCGAGUUUAUCGAGAGAGUAGGGUCGGUAAAUGACUACGACGAGAACGAGCUAGAGAAGGACAAGAGUGUGAAAGGCUCUGUCCAGACCUUGAGGCCAAACGCUUCAGGGAAGUGGAGUAGCAACCAAGCGCGCGAGAACGCCGUCAACACUCAGCGUGAAAAGAAGAACAAAUCAAACAGAGAAGCCAGCGACAGCUCGGCAGUUCAUCAAAAGGAUGACUACUGCCUCAGGUUGGAAGCAGACGUCAAACGACUGAAAAUCGAUCUCCAGUCCAGCCGGCAGGUAGAGCAGGACCUCCGUAGUCAGGUCAACUCGUACCUGUCCUCUGAGAGGAGCCUAAAGAACGAACUGUCCCAGCUGCAGCAGGACAAUGACAACUUACAGUCAAAGCUGCACGGGCUGGUGUCUGCGCGACAGACGGACAAACAGGCCAUCUCGCAGCUGGAGCGCCGCCUGCAGGAGGAGAGGCGUGUGCGUAGCUCGCUCGAGAGCCAGCUCGCGGCCGAACGCAAGGCCAAGAAGGCCGAGGAGGCGGCUGCCGCCCGAGCCGUCGCCCUCGCUGCUGCCAACAAGAAUGGCGGUUGCUGCACGGAAAAUUGUCGUGCUCGCCAGCGGGACCUGGAGACAGAAGGCAAGCAGCUGCGACGAGAACUCAAAGCUAAGGAUGAAAAAUACUUGGCUGCCGAAAGAGAAGUUCAGAGCCUGCGCCAGUACAAGGAGAGUCACAACGACUCGGAGAUCCUGAUGUCGGCGCUCUCCGCCAUGCAGAACAAGACGGCGCACCUCGAGAACAGCCUCAGCGCAGAGACCCGUAUUAAGCUGGACCUGUUCUCCGCCCUGGGCGAGGCCAAGCGACAGCUCGAGAUACGCGAGAACAUGAUCCGCGACCAGGUGAAGGAGAUAGACGAGCUGAAGUCAAAGAUUGCGGAGGUGUUUGCGGUGGUCCCGCCGGAGGCACUGCAGUCCCCGGGGCCCCUCAUGGGCUCGUCGAAGCUGCGCCUGAGCGAGAGCUGCACCAUCUCCAACCUCGACCCCAACGCCACCGCGUACACACCCAAGGGCAUCAUCACCGUCAUCACGUCGACGGAGGCCUGAGCGGGCCCCGCUCCCCACCUCCGCACCUUUUUCAUUCUCACAGCAAUAUUUCUCCAGGGGGAGACGACGUCCAUCUUCGGUCAGGAGGGAAAAGACACAUUCCAUGACCCACGGUCCGGAAGUAAGUGUAUGGUUGUUUAUCCUCGGUUUUCGGAUUGUUUGGCUCCCUGAUGAAACCUCUGUGCAUCGGUAAUCCAUUUGAUGCGGAGCUGAACUGUUGUCGAGCAAACCAACUCUUGUCGUAAAGAACUGUGUGCGUACUGAAUGUCACCCACAGAAUAUGGCGCUUUGUGUCGCAUGAAAUUCUUUGCACAAUUUUUUUUUUUUUUUUAUUUAAAGAUAGUAUUUUUGUAUCAUACAAUUGGAAGUAUUUAUUCUGGCAGAAAAAUUAUUUUUACAAUCAAAAAAGUAAAAUAGGAAUAAAAAUUGCUAUUUUUCAGCAGAAAGCUUAAUGUUACUGAGUUCUUGUAGUAAGUGUAUAAAAAGUUAAUAUAAAUUCAGACACUUAAUUAUUUUUGAAUGUUUGUGGUAACGCCAUGGUUACUUAAUUAAAAAGAAAAUUUUAUUUAAGAAAUAAUUUAUUUUAAAUUUAAAAUAAUGCUUUUUUUUUUUUUAAUUUACAUCACAUUGUCAUAUGUUCCUGCUGAGCUAUUUCUGUCAUUUUUACUAGUUAAUUGUUUUAGUUAAUAAACUAAUUUCAUAUACAUGUUUCCAAACAAUAAUUUUGAAUAUAGUUGUAAGCAAACAAUUUUCGAUUAGUGACAACAUUUUGAUGCAAGAUUUUAGUAGUUUUGGUGUGUAAUAAUUGUUUGUAUAGUUUUCUGUAUUAUUAUUUUUUUCUGCACAGUUUUGAAAAUUUUUAACUAGUUGUAUCAUGGAUUUUUAGAUUUUGCAUUAAGCACUGUAGUAUUACUAGUAAUAUACUAUUAUACCAUACCAAGCAGACAGGAUAACAAGUUUGUGGUGAGUAAACAAGAAUUAAAAUGACUUAAUGUGUGGGAUAAAAAUUAAUAAAUCACACAAGCAACUUACAAAUGAGGUAUGUGCAAAGAAUAAACAUGUUGCUUAUGGGUUAUGGCCAAGUAACUUAAAACGUGGUCACUUAUGCUUAAAAGGCAACUAAAAUACUCCUAUGCAUCACACUGUGUGUGUGUUUGUUUCUCCUACCUUGUUUUCUGUCAACACUAUCUACAUAGUACUGCCACAGUAGAGUAGAAUCAUCUGUAUUUGCCGAAUAGCAUUGUGGGUCACAUUCAGCGAUGAUGCAAUUUUUAUUGGUUUGUGCCAUGAAAAAAAUGAAACCAGAUCACUUUUAGUGUGUGACAUGUCAUGUAUUUUCCCUCCCUUGCAUGUCUUUUUUUUUUUUUUUUUUUUAUGUGUAACAUCUUAGCUCUUGGUAUACGGCAUUUGGUGGCAGUAAUCUCGUGAAUGCGAUGGAAGUUAAGGAAUAGAAAUGUGUAACAACCUCAGUGCUGCCAUCUGUGGUGGAUGUCACAAACCAAAGUUCAUAAAUACAAAAGGAAACUUUAUAGUAUUAACUGUUUAAUGAAUUUUAACAAGAUAGGCAGCAUUUUAAUCAAAAUUCCUGUUAAAAAUCACCUGCAAAGCUGGGGUUUAGUAUUUUUUCAAGUCUUUUUCACUUUCUCAUAGCUGUUUCAUUAUAUAGUUUAAAAUUUUGUUCUGCUGAUAAAAUGAUUUAGUAGCUAAUGUAGCUGCACCGGCAGCAAAUUCUACCAGCGGGUGCAUAAACUAAGCGUGAUUCGCGUCCCGAAAUUUAGUUGAAAACAUAGUUUGCAUAUACAGUAGAACCCUAAUUUUUAUGUUUUCCCCUUUAUUUGCACCAUUUUAUUUAUUCCGUUUUCAACCUUAUUUGACGCAAUCGAAUAAAUUCCCAUUUAUUACAACACGCCUACAAUGUGCUUCCCACAAUUUACGCUGUUUGUUUAUGAUAUACCUACAUUGAUUCAUUAUUUCUGUGUUUUGUCUUAUUCAUCAUAUGUAUGAAGAUAACACUUUCAUGUGAAAUACCAAAACCAAAAUGCUGUUGGAAACACUAGCAUUUUAGCUCUUGGACUUUUCAAUGUGCUCUUCCAUUAGAAAAUUGUAUUUACAGGCUGCCAACACUGACCUAAUAAUGGUACUUUGAGAAUAUGUUAGAACACGAAGCUAGUGUUACUGUUAUUAAAAAUUCAGGCUGUCCAUCAGUAACUCAUAUAUACCAAAUUACAUAGUUUGUAUUAACUGUAUUCAUCUGUCAAUAUCCAUCAAUCGAACAUAAAAUUUUGUAUUUUGCUGUGAGUAAUUAACUGAAUUUUUAUCUGUGGGUAGUUUAUCAAUAAGCCAGCUUAUAAAAAAUGGAAAACAUAUUCAACUGAUGAAAAACUAAACAUUUUAAAGAGUGUGGAUAAAUACAAAGGUACUCUUGUUUCACUCGCUGAAAAGUUAGGCAUGCCUAUGUCAGAUCUGAACACAAUUGUGUUAAAUUGCGAAAUCAUUGAAGGAAAUGCAGCUCAGUGUGUUAAUGAAGUACUGUAUUUUUAUUAAUAUACUUAACCUGUAACAUCACUGUUCUCUGAGCAAAAAAUAAUUUUUAAUACAUUUCCCUUAUUUUACACUUCCCUGCAUUUAAAUACAUCCCCUUGAAUAGUGUAAAAAAGGUUCUACUUAUAAUGCUUGGCAUUAUUUUAGAAAUUUCUAUCUAGAAUUUCAUGUCCGAGUUUCAUAUAAGUAUACUUCCCAUCAUGAGAACACGAAUUUGCUCGUUACCGAGGUUAGAUGUUACACGUCAUCGGCGAGUACGAAAAGACUUGCUCACUUUUUUUUUCUGGAGAACAUUGUAUUAAGUUUAAAAUGCUGAAUGCAAAUUGGUGCGUGCCAUUUCGAGGACUGUGUUUUAUUUAAUGAUUAAUGAUUGUAUUUAUGAGUGUCAUAUUUCAGACCCAAUUUUAGCCACUGAUUAGAAUUUUUGUUUGUGAAGUUGUCUCUCUCUUUUUUUUAUUUUAAUGUUUUGAAUAAGUGUUGCAGAGUUUUUUGGAUGACAAAAGAUAACUAUUUAAUUUUGCUACUGUAUGUUGGAGUGAUGUGGGUGCCUCAAGUACAAAGCACGUAACAACUAAGGACUGAUUUUUGUAAUCUUUAAACUUAUUGAAAUUUAGUUUUAGUUUGCUACGUACGGUAGAUCAAAGAUCUUUGCAGGUUAAUCUCAGAAAGUGGUAAUGUUUGCAUCCCAACAUGUCUGUAUAAUUUUUUUGUACAGUUGGGAACUUAUUUUUUGUCUUGCCAUUAUAGUUUUGCAGAUUGUGGACCUUGUCAGUGAUACCAACCUAGUCAAACAGUGCUGCCCCCUUCUUUUGACCAGUAGUUGCAUUUUCAAAUACUCUUUUUAAACUGUUUUGCACUUCAGAAGCCCAGUCACACCUGGACUCGCAUACUUGUUAAUUAUCUAAACAGAACUCAUGAUGUGUUGAUCUUAGAAUUAGCUUGUAUUUAUUACUAAUUAAAGAAAAUUAAUUUUUGGCUGGCAAGUUAAUACUAGCACAAAGGUACUGCAUAACUUUACAUCUGACUUUGUUUCGUUAACAAGAAAUAUUUGUGUGUUAGUUUGUAAUUUUUAAGGAUUGAGAAUUGCAUUUAGGCUGCUGCCAAAUUGUGUUCAGUUACUGGAUUAUUUUGGUGGCACCCAGAUCAUUAUUUGUACUUAAUAUUUUUUUCUUUUCAAUUUUUAUUUCAUUUGAAAGUUUUUCUUAGGUUGUAAAAGUAAGUCUUCAGAUAUGAAAUUCAUAGAACAAAAUACAGUUCGCUUUUGGCAAAACAGUGGCCGAACAAAAUUUCCCCACGUGGGAGCGCUUUAAUGUAACGCUAAGACUGAAAAAUGAACUCUUUGUUGUUUUUAUUUUCUGACAAUUUAACAUUUGUACUUAUGUUUCUUUUAGUAAUCGUAUGAAAUAAUUCUUACAGUAGGAAAUGUGUUCUAAUAAUUUUGUACUUGCAAGAAACUUGUGAUGUCUUUAAUCUUGCAAUUUUAUUUUGUGAAUAGCAUGCGAAAAUAAUAUUGAAGUUAGUUUGGCCACAGUUUUGCUGUGUGGUUGUGUUUAUUAUCGUAUAAUAACUAUUGUUAUUUAGGCUUUGAAUUGCAAUGGCUGGUAAUUAAUUUGUAUUCCUUUUUUUUUCUUACUGUCAGUUUUUUGUGCAUUGACGCUUGUCUUUGCUUAUUAUUUAUAAUGAGUGAUCUCUCUAAAUGUGCACAAACGAGACAUUUAAUCUCUACUGGGUCAAUGUAGUGUUAUUCAGCAAGCAUGUUCACAUAAACAGGAGAUAUUUUACAGGCUUGUGUAUGUUCUCUGGUGUAUUUAUUUAUUGCAGCUUUAUUGCUGGCAACAUUUCUCUUGUCAAUUUUUGUAGUACUAUUUCUGCUUUCAACAUUUAGCACAUCAUCCCACAAAAAUAAAAA